AUGUACGAAAAUUAUAAUUACAAUGUCACGAUUUUUAUAAGCAAUGCAAUUCAUGCAAGUAGCAAUCCGUUUGCUCAGGGCAAUUUGGAAGUCAUUUUCAAUGCAACCGUGGCAAAAUCAGGUGAAGAUCAUCCACUCAAAGCUAAUAUACCUAGUUUAUGGUGUCAGGCACGAUCUAAAGAAUCCCAACGAUUGCUUUCUAUUAAAGAAGCUCAUUUUAUCCGAGCUGAUAACAAAGAAAUUUUCCCUGCACUUAUCAGCAAUCAAUCAAGAGCAAUUCUAGAGUUCGGUACUGCUACAAUAUCAAGUGCUGGCAAGUAUCGAUGUGAAAUGACUACCGAAGAUGAUGAAUUAGUUUGGGGAUGGUUAUUUGUUAACAUGCGUCCGGUGUUUCACGUUAACCAUUCUAAAGUAUUAGAAACUGUUGGCGACGAUCAUUUUCGGGUCAGAGCACCCACUUUAAGAGCAAUUGAGGGUGAAACUGUAACACUUGACUGUCCAGUGCGUGGUUUUCCAAAACCGACCGUUGAGUGGCUCAAAAAUGAUGUACCUGUUGCGUCGACGGAGCAAGUGACUUUCUUGGAAACAGAUUUACAAAUCUCAAAAGUCGAAUUUGAUGAUGAAGGAGUUUACUCUUGUAUUGCACGAAAUUCAUUUCCUGUCGAAAUUGAUGGUGAAAGUAUUCCAUGGGAAUCUCGAUUAGACCGGGAACUUAAAGUUAAAGGUUCGUACAGGUGGAUCUAUCCUCUUAUAACUAUUCUAGUAAUGUUCUUGCUGCUCUUCUUAAUUAUCUACACAUGUUCGGCAUUUAAUCGUCACAGAACUUAUGAUGUUGAGAAGCGUGAAAAACGAAAGAAGCGGCAAACUAGUCUAGAAAAUAACGAAAAUGUGUUUCAAAGUCAGCCAAUUCUGGGUUAUGAUAAAAACGAACUAGAAUAA